AGUUAGAUGUGUAAUCCUGAAUUGCUGGUGAACAACAUAAAAGGAAUGGGGACAGGAGGAGGGACUGCUUGUAGUCUUGGUGGGACACACCCUGGCAUUCUGCAAAGCUAAUGAUUAUUGUCUUUAAUCCUGAAAUCUCUCUGCUGCUUCCCACAGGAUCUCUCUACUUUUCUGAGUGCCCGUUGACAAAGCUUCUGAGUUUUUAAAGUACUCCUCCAUGUUUUCAUCUUCGGGCUCUCGUCUCGACUUUACCACUCGAGAGAGCUAAUUGUAGCAUGUAAAAAUGGUGGAACCAGCUGACAUUGUGAUCUAAGCACUGGAAAGGAACUGGAAAGAAAAUCAUGAGGUUUUCCCAGAAACUUAACUUGAGAAAGCAACAUAAGUGCAGCAGGUCAGCGAGCACCACUGCAGUGACCACAAACUGUCGGUCCACCUUAAAUUUAAAAAUGAUUCAGGUCUCUGUUCUUCAUUGCUUAAAGACGAAGGCCCAGAAUAAGGUUAUGUGCUUUUAUCUUUAUAUUCUUUAAUGUGUGUACCCUUUAAGAUGUGACAUUGGCCUCAUUUGAUAGACUGUGUGAUAUCUGCUUGUACGUUGGCCAAUCAAAAAACGAUUCACGAUAUGCGUCUCUAUAUGAUUCUCCUCUCGAAACCGGGACUUUACUAAAAAACUAGUUUACCUUAGUUUAUUUGCACAGCAGUAAAACAGGCUGAUAGGAAAAGCAAAAGGAAGACGAGGUGAAAAUGAACGGCACAAAUGAUAAAAGAUAAAAAUAAGGAGAUUAUAAAAAAAAUUAAAAAAAAGUCUGUCACUUCAAAACCACCAAAUAACAACAAGAAAAAUUGAAAAGACCCAAGCCAAGCCAGAAUGUAGGAAUGUAAUACAGCAGAACAUAAUAUGGUGGAAACUGAUAGAAAAAGAAGUAUAAAGUCAUAAGGGAAGUGAGGUAACACCCUUGAUCCAUGCAUAAACCUGUGAAUGUACCGGUUAAAAUCCUUUAUAAGUUGAUAAUAACAACUCUGUUAGCUACGGAUGUUUUUAAUUACAUGCUGUUACAACUGUGUUCUUAUUAAGUACUUAAUGUUUACUUUCAGCACUUUUGUAUAUGUUAAGACACAUUAACACAGCGGGAUGUUUUUGUAAAGAGAAAUAUAACCCUCAUAAACAAAAUACAAAAGUGUUCACGAGUUAACUCUAGAUAUAAAUUCGAAUGAAUUAUAGUUUUGCUGGUGAAGUCCCGGCGUGCCAGUAAAAACACAGCAACCAGCACGGUAAAAGUUGUCGCAGAGAGCGCCAUACGGCACGCAGAAGAGUUGAAGAGUUGAACAGGGAGCAGAGGGGUGGGGUGAAUGAAUCGCUGCGCAGGAAGCGGGGAGUUCACUGUUCGAGGGAACGACCUGACCUUUGUGAGUCAGUGAGGGUGUAAUCUCUUUCUGUGUGAGCUGCUCUUGACGGAGAUAAGCGUCCCGGGCUGUGUGCGAGGUGAAUGCCCCACCGGGAGGAGUCUGUCACCAGGCCCGGCUGAAACACCACAGGUCCCUGCCACAGUACGGCAUGGCAGGACAGUGCGGAGAAACACUGCUUAUCUGACUGUGCUGUACGCUUCAAUUUGAGGACCUUAUAUAACAUGUUUUCCUCUUGCCCUGGCCAAUGUUCAGCCGGUGUUGGGGGGGUUUAUCCUGUGAAUGUGAAGGACGUGUCAGAUGUAGGUGGAGGAGCAGAACGCUGCUACCUCGCAGCCAUGAGUUCACAGGCGAGCUCUGGCCGCAGCAUGCUGUUCCAGACCAUAAAUGACGACCUAAAUGCGUCGCUGGCUACAGCGGACGAGUUAUCCAGAGAGUUUAACUCCAUGCUGAAGGAGGCCUCCUCCAGCAACAACAAUACACAGGCGGGGCCUCAGUCCAGGACUACAGUCACCAGAGAGAAGCCUCCGUCCACUGAGCCGUCCACCGCCUCCAUCACUACAAGGGAGUCAAGCGGCAGCAGCAAUGGUAGCUCCAGCUCUAUGCCUUUCUCCCCGAGCUCGACAUCUUUCCCUCCCGUGGACUUCGUCAUCUCCAGCAAUAAAAAUGCACCAUCCUCCCCUGUCUUCACCACCAGCCCACUCUCAUCCCCCAAGAUCCACAGGGGGGCCCACUCUACACAUCCUGAAGCUAGGUCACCUCACACCCCAAGGCGUUACUCCCCCUCUCAAUACGACAGGAGCCCGCAGGGUUCAAUCGGUUACAUAGAUAGGAGCCCUUCUCCGAGCCCCAAAGCUGUUCCUUUUGACCAGUCACCUCGCUCUGCUUCACUCCACUCCUCCUCCAACCUGCUGAGCCCUUACGACAGCAGCCAGAUGGGCCGGAGGUCGCCUCGGCCGGACAGAAGCCCCUCUCCUUUGUCUUUCAAUCAUCCGGCUUCCAACACGCUCCCUCGAAAUUUCGGUUUCAGGCAACAUGAUGAGGGUGCGCAGCACCAAAAGAGUCCUGGCAAGUGGAACGAGACAGAUCUCGACAUGUCCUACGAGAGAAAACCUCACCACACCUAUGACAAGACAGAGUGGCUGCGGCAAUCUGUGCCAAAUAGCAGCUGGAGAGAAUCCAACCUCGAUGGCCCCUCUCCAGCCAUAAGCCCCAAAAAGCUUCCUCACUCUCAGUCUCUCCAGUUUUCCCAUGGUUCUCUUCCCCGUAACACACGUAUAUCAGUACCUCCAGAUGUUUCAUCCCCGGCCCACUCCCCUUACUACCCUCAGCCCAUCAUCUCCCGCAUUUCUAUUCCCCCAACUUCUUCUCAGUCCCGUCAGCGCAGACCCAUCCCUCUCUCCGUCAUCAUGCGUCUCCAAAACCCCCAUUGGGGAGCAAUGUCAACCCACCACCCCAGAGUCCUGGGAGGAGAAGGGGACAUGGCGCCCCACCAACCGGCUGGACCCGUCCCGAGGGAAUUCAUCCACCAACCUGUGCUCCAGCCUCAGCAACAGCCGCCUGAGCUGAGACAGCCAACCAUAUAUAGCGAUGUGCUGAACCCAGGGGAUAUAGAAGCGGAGUUAGAGCGGCUGGACUAUAUUCAUCACAUUCCCGUGAUUUCGGAUAAUCCCAGCAUGCCAGAGGGUGGUAGAGAGAUAGAGCAGGGCGUGCGGGCUCCUCCUCGGCCCCUGAGCCCCACCAGGUUGCAGCCAGUGGUGGCCCCUGAGGCCCAGAGCCAGGAAAUCCCUGACCUGGAGGAGCUGCUCCGUAUCCGGGCAGAAAUCCCCCGGGCACUGAAGAGACGGGGCUCUGUGGACCAGUCACGGCCCAUGAGGAGGGCCUCACAUUACCAGCCAAACCAGUACAAAAAUCUCAUUGACAAGCUUUUUCGCAAAAAGGACCACCGCCAGAAGGGGGAGCAAGGUAGCGAGACUAGCAGCUCUUCAGACGGAGAGGACAGCGCUACACCUCCCGCCCCUGUACCUGCACCUCAGACAUCCACACUGAUUCCCCAUGACUUCAGAAGCUACCAUUCCAUUCUGCGGCGGUCCAAUCGGGAGCGCAGAGGUUCUGGGCAACGAGCUCGGCUCAGCCCGCUGGUCCUGCUGCUGGACGGAGCGUUGGUCGGGGAACUGGAGACGGUGCAGAGAGCGGUGCAGGAGAUGAACGACCCUAGCCAACCGAAUGAUGAGGGCAUCACUGCCCUUCACAAUGCAAUCUGCGGGGGCCAUUACAAUGUGGUGGACUUCCUUGUUCGCAUUGGAGCCAAUGUCAGCGCACCAGACAGCCACGGCUGGACUCCACUGCAUUGCGCAGCCUCUUGUAACGACCGUCCUCUGUGUGAGUUUUUGGUGAGGAAUGGAGCUGCUGUCAUGGCCGUGACGGAGAGCGACGGUGCGACCGCCUCCCAGAAGUGUGAUCCUUACGCCGUUGGGUUUGAGGGGUGUGAGAGCUUCCUAAAAGGUGUGGAGGAGGCCAUGGGGGUGGAGAACAGCGGGGUGCUGUACGCCCUGUGGAGCUAUCCGGCUCAGGCAGCCGAUGAGCUGAGCUUCAAAGAGGGAGACAUGGUCACUAUCCUGCAGAAACCCGAAGGGUCCGGCUGGUGGUGGGCCUCGCUCUGCGGGAGGGAGGGAUUAGUCCCAAACAACUACUUUGGGCUUUUCCCGAAGGUGCGACCGAAAUCUCUCUGCUGAGUGGUCUCUUUAUCAUCAACCCUGGUCAAACUAGUGCAGAGAUUCUGUCCCGGAAACCUCGUGUCGCGGCUUCACACUGUUGUUUCAAAGGAUUAUGUCUGUGUUAUUAUGAAAAGCUUGUCCUGCUGCAGGGCAUGAGAAACGUUUUUGAUCUGUCAUUCAUGGAGAGUUGUAGGAGAAGUCUCUGUAUUCAUUUUUGCCUUACUGACGAGCAUAAAUCUUUACAGGUGACGUAGUUUGUAGUAAAGCUACAAUGCUGUACUGUGCUGUGCCUUCCUGUUGGGGUAUUUCUGUCUCUCCGAAGGUUACAAAAGAGCCAGAUUAAUGCUGUUCCUGUCAGUCGUGGACAUUUCUGACUCAUCAGCUAAUAAUACCAAUAAUCAUGAACGGGGCGGCUGCUGGUGUUCAGUCCACUCCUCAGCGAGGUCAGUGUAGCUGUAUGCCAUCAACGAAGGUGACCCGCGAUUGCUCAGCAGCGAAAAGGGCGGCUUCAAUCAGAGCAAAAUCCGCCUCUGCUCAUUACUGGAACAGAGAGGCAUUGUUCGCUCCCUGUGAGAGAGCGAGUGUUGGGAAGUUGACGCGAUAUUUCGAAAAGCCUCUUUGUACACGUCGCUGUUUUUGCAAACAGAUUCUUAGGUGUCGGUGUUGGUCUCCAUGGUCAACUUUUUCUGACCACAGUGGCAGAUUGACCGUGAUAACAACCACAUCCCACUUUAACCACUUUACUAGCCAAAUACGUUACGUUUCAAGAGUGAUGUUUUCCUACUAAUGUGGCUGUAGACCUUACAUUGUAUUUUUCAAUCAGCCUCACUAAGAUUUCGCCAGCAUUGGGCUCGUUUCUACUUGGCUGUAGUCCUUUAUACACGCUGUUGGUCCUCUGUUAUAUUUUUAUGCUUCCUAUGUAAAUGAAUCUCGUGUGAAAGAGAAUGUGUGUGUGUGUGUGUGUGUGUGUGUUUUCGAUGACAAUGAAACCCAGUCAUUUAGCGGAUGUGUUUCUAUUCGCAGUGGUAGAAUGAGUAUUUGAUUAUGCGUUUGUUUUCGGAUUUUUUCUGCAACUCUCAUUGCUAGGGACUGCUGUGCACUUAACCUGUAAGCCCUCACAAGGGGCACGCAGUGACAAAAUCUUUAAAUAAAUCAAUAAAUAAAUCAGUUGAAUGUUUUUGGGUUCCAUUGACAAUGUCUGUCAUGCGUUUGUGGCUUAAAAUACGACUGUGAAAUGUCCUUUACUGACCAGCAGAUGACACUGUAUAAUCAAGAAUAAAUUCAGCACCAACAUAGAAUUUACAUUUUACAAUGCUACCAGCUAAUGUAAACUAAUAUACAGUAUUACACCAUUUAUCAAGGCUGCUCUGUGAAGUAUCAUUUCUCUGUGUUGUGCUUUGUAUUAAAUC